CGGUAGGUUGGCACAAGCCAAAACUGAGGAAAAUAAUUUGGAAGUGGGGGUGUAGCGAGAGCGAGGUCACUCCCUGUUCAAGUUUGGAUAGCAAAUUGGGCGAAAUUUAAGACACUUUUCUGAAUGGUUAAGUCCAGCUGAGAUUUCUCGCAGUUGGCACUGUCGAAUUUAAAGACGACGCAGUGAUGGGCGUGCACUUUCGGCGGCGUCUGGCGCGACCGUGAGUCGACAAGGGCCUACCAUCGGAGCAGGAUGCAGUGCUGAGGCGCGCGUUGUUUCGGCUGCAGCCUCGACGUACGCUAUGACCACUUGGACUGAAAGGAUGCAUCAAAGGGCGGCCACCUUCGGCAAUGUUGUCACUUCCUGUGGCCACCCGUCUACAGUACCCUACCCUCGACGACUAGAAAAGGUUAAGUUUGGAGUGCCUCUCGAAGAGGUUUGCAAAAAUGACAUUCCUGGGCCUCUAUUGGUUCUAAUUUUGAAAUUGAACAAAGAGGCGCCGUUCAAAAAGGACGUUUUUCGAGCUCCUGGCCACCAAGGGAACAUGAAGAAGCUCAUACACUUCCUUCAAAACGGCCGCCUCGUUAAUAUGGACAACUUCUCUGUAUACACAAUUGCCUCUGUCCUAAAGAAAUUCCUUAGAAAAUUGCCAGGUGGAAUUUUCGGGCACACUGGCGAAAAAAACCUGUUUAGAAUCAUAGAGCUAAGGGACAAGGAGGAACAAAGAGACCAAAUCCACGAUAUGAUAACUUCGUUGCCUGAGCAAACACAGAGACUUCUAGUUUUACUGUUUGGAACAUUCCGUGUCAUCGCCACACACUCCGGUAGAGCCAACACUGGCAUGAGCUCGGAGGCGUUGGGUGUUUCCGUUGCCCCAUCCUUCUUCCAAAGCUGCGUUUCUGACGGGAAACAAGCCAGGAUGGAAGACGUACUGAGAUACAAGGCGGAAGUUAAUGUUGCUACGAGGAUCAUGAAGUUUUUGAUUGACAACUUUGGAGCCAGCAACCUCUUUGGUCGUCAAAACUACGAGUUCUACGCACGCAUAACAGGCCGCAUUUUAAAAGUUGAGGAUGAUUGGAUCUUCAGCUUCCGUUACCCGCCUAAUACCAUGGUUUCACCAAUUUCCCAGCAAGAGGAGAGUCAUUCAACGCCCGCAUUGAUACACAUUCCAGAGGCCUCAUCUUUGGGGCCUUCCGUGUCUUCACUGGGCAUCAUCCCUGAAAACAACCUCUUGCAAUCAUACACACGUUUGUCCAUUAGUCUCGAAGAAAACGGUCUGUUCAAGAAAAAUGUAAAUAGAAAUGCUGAUGAAGACAGUGGAGCUGUUGUAGUAAUCGUUGAGCAAAGCUCAAGUCGUUCAUCCACAAGUAGCACCACAAGUCACCACCUCACUUUAGAGGAACUGAGAGCAAUCAACAGAUACGCUGAAAGCACAAAAUCUUUGUCCUUCCUGCCACAAGUUCACGAGAGACAAGCAGCGAGGAUGAGAACGAGAUCUGAAUGGUUUCUAUCGCCUGCACAACAAGAAUUGCUUAAAGAAAGUGCUUCUUCUCGGGUACUGAAAGUCGGGUCUGACAGAUCAUCUUCGGAUAACAUCGAUUUUUAUUCAGUUGCAGCAGCUGGACUGAGCGUGAGCGCAGAAUCUGUGAAAACAUUGCUGCGGCGGACGUCAAGCAGGGACAAAGAACGCGCCAGACGAGGCUCUGCAAGAAAAAACAAAGAAAAUGGAAAAAAGCAGCAGUCAAUAACUGAGGACCAGCAGCAAGAACAUCAAAGAAGUCUCUCCGAGGAGCACGAGGAGGGGAACAUUCACAUUACGUACAAGCCUAGAAUUUGAUUUGGGCCUAUGUUAUGAUAUAUAUGAUAAAUAUAUUACUGCCAGCAGGGAUUUUAUUACGCUAAUGAUAUUCAUUACCAUCAAAAUGUAUUGUAUAAUUAUCAUAUUAACUUGCAAGCAACAUGUUAAUAAUUGUGUUUUUUUAUUGCUGUGUCAACAUAUUGAUAUAUAUGUACAUAUUUUUAUGUCUGAUAUUACUCGGAUAUUAUUAUACUACUUAUUGUAUAUUACUCAAAAAGAAUUAAAACUUCCAAUGAGUCUAUAUGAUAACUAA